CUCGCCUCAUGUUAAACAAGGCUUAUCUGAAGAAUGCUAAGAGUAAGAGGGGAUAUGUUUACGGACUGGGCAGUGAACAAUUCAGGGAGCAUGCGCCUUCUUCACGCGUCCCCAAUGGUAUUGCCCGCAACCUGGACCUGGAGAUGCGUGUGGGCGGUCUUGAGACAACCCUCCAAAGUGUCACUUCUGAUGUUGCUGGGGUGAAACAGGACGUCUCAGACAUGAGGCAGGACUUUGGAGCAACAAGGGAAGCAAUCAAUCAGCUCCUCCAAACACUUAGGCCCCCGCAAGCACCUACUGGACAGACUUCUGAUCAUCAGGCUCAAGCACCAACUGGUCAGCCUAAUCCUCCCAAUGGCAUUUAGAAGUUGGUACUUUAUCUUAUAACCUCUUUUGUAACAAGGUCUUUUGUAACAAGGUCUUUUGAUAGUCUUCUUAGACUCAAAACUUUUAACCUUGUCUUAUGUAACUUUUUAUGAAUGUUGAACCUUGACUAUCUUGUAUAUUAAGCUCUGUGUUUAUUGAA